AUGGCGCCGCCGGUUCCCGCCUCCCGGAAGCGCGGGCGGGGCAGCAGCGCCGCGGCCCCGCGGCCAUGGAGGAGUUCCGGCGGGCCUACGGGCGGCUGUGCGCGGCGGGCGGCGCGGCGCCGCAGGAGGCCGUGCUGCGGCGGCUGCGGGAGCUCGGCGGGGCGCCGGGCCGCGGCCGCCUCGACCUGGCGGCCCAGAGCCUCUCGCUGGAGACGUGCGGGGCGCUGGGCCGGCUGCUGCCCGGCGCCGCGCCCUUCGCUGAGGUGGCGCUCAGCGACUGCGGCCUUAGCGAGGAAGGGAAAUAACCUGCGAACUGUGGGAGCUGAGGCCUUGGGAAAACUUCUUAGGCAGAACAAAUCCAUCAGGAGCCUAAUCUUGGAAUGGAACAGCCUCGGCGUGUGGGAGGAGGGCUUUUCCUUUUUCUGCCAAGGACUGGGAGCAAACAAGUUUCUCCAGCGGCUAGAUCUGCGCAACAACCAGAUCAACCAUCAAGGGGCCGGAGAGCUGGCCAUGGCACUGAAACAAAACACCAGCCUUCAGGAGCUGGAUUUGCGAUGGAAUAAUAUUGGGCUUCUGGGUGGCCGAGCUUUGCUGAACUGUCUGCAGAGCAACAGGACCCUGAAGAGGCUGGAGCUGGCUGGGAAUAAUGUUCCUAGUGACAUCCUGAAAGCUGUGGAACAAGCCAUGGAUCACAACCAAGACCGUCAGACUAUUCUGAGAGAGACCCAGAACCGAGCGUACAUACUCAGCAAGGAGGUUUUGAGUCUGAAGGAUGAGAAGACCAAGCAGUUCUUGGAUUUGAUGGACACUAUAGACAAGCAGAAAGAAGAAAUAGCCAGGAGUGGCAGGACGUCUGCAGCACGAGUCAGCCAGCUGCAGGAAGCAUUGGAUGAGCAACACUCUAUUAUGAAUUCACUAAAAGCCAAGCUGCAGAUGACUGAAGCUGCCCUGGCUCUGUCUGAGCAGAAGGUGCACAAUUUGGGGGAGCUACUGAAUGCCACAAAGCAGGAACAAACCAGCAUGGCUGAGCGCCACUUUAUGGAGCUCCAGCAGCAAAAGCAGGAAGGUGCUGAUCGGGAAGGCAAGCUUUUGCAUGACUUGUCUGCUGCCAGUGAGAAAAAUCUGCUUCUAAGAAACCAGGUGGAUGAGUUGGAGAAGAAGUGCAAAAUUCAGCAGGAUCAGCUAUUCCAGGUAAAACAAGACUUGACCAACACAACAGCAGAGCUGAAGCUGCGGGCCGUGCAGGCUGAGGAACGAUUGGAAAUGGAGAAGAGAAGAUUUAAACAAAGCCUUGAAGACAUGGAAUCCCUUCGGUUAAAAGAGGUGGAUCAUAUGACACAGCACAUGGAGGCCAGUGAACGUUCCAUGCAGGACAGGAUCCAGAGGCUGGAGGCCAUCAGGAUAGCUCUGGAGGAGGAGCUGAGCCAAGUCAAAGCAGCUGCACUCACUGAGCGAGGCCAAGCAGAGGAGGAGUUAAUAAAAGUCCGGAAUCAGGCACGGUUGGAGGAGCAGCAACGACUAGAACACCUAGAAGAGAAGCUGCGGCUGAUGACUGAGUCACGGGAUGAAGCUCAAAAUUGUUGCCUUAAGCAAAAACAAAUGGUUGCCGAGGCCCAAGCGAAAGCCAAUCAGUUGAGCCUGCAUGCUGAUGGACUCAGAAGGCGGAUAGAGGAACUUCAGCAGGACCUGAACAGUAAAGAAGAGGAGAAAGUGACAGAGGUGAAUAAAGUGAAAGUGGAAUUACAGGAGCAAAUUGGACACCUGCAGGCUGAACGCACAGCACAGGAAGGGCUGAGAGAGAAGAUUUCAGCCCUGGAGAGACAGCUGAAAGUCCUAUCAAGUAAUCACCGCGAGGCACUGCUGGACAAAGAAGGUGAGAUCUCUCUGCUUCUAGAGAAGCUGAGAAUGAAAGAGGCUGACAUCUCCAGGAUGAGGGAAGAAGAGGCCCAGCGAGCAAGUUUCUUGCAGAAUGCCAUCAUGGCGUAUGUGCAGGGCUCCCCCUUGGGAGCCCACAGUUCUAGGAAAUGAAGGCUUGGCUUAAAGAAUCCAGAUACCUGCUGUCAGGAAGAGGGUGAGCAGCUCAGGUACAGCCCCUUCUUUCUAAGCAGGACAGUUUUGUCACGGUGGGGUGACACGAAGGCUUGCAAAUGUGGGAAAUCGCUCUUCAGAAAUCUUGCUCCCAACUGCAUAAAGGAGAGGAGGAAACAACCGUCCAGGGCUGGGAUAGAGGCUCGUGGGUCUGAAUUCAUGAUGUGGAGCCCUUCCCCUGCACUGCUACAGCAUUUGAAGUAGUUUCUGUGUUCUUUUACACAGCACCAGCCUGUUGGCGCACCCCAUUAUUACCAGGGGUUGCAUGUUCCCCGGGCAGCGGCCUUUCUGAAGCAUUUGUUUGGAUGCCAGGGCUGUUUGCAGUGAAAUUGGGUAAAUGAUGGGCAGCAGUAUUUACGGUUCCCUCUAGGUGGGAGCCAUUUACUUUGCUCAUGGGGUCCCAAAGCUGUUGGAAACACCAGAUCUUACCCACCUGUGCUUUUAUACCCAGUGCUUAUGGGUGGAAGCAACGGCUGACAGGGCUCACUUUGGGUCUUUUACCCUGCCCUUCCGUGGCCCCAGCUGUGGUGAUGGGCAGUAGAUAUGCAUUCAUUAUAUAUAGAAACAGCUGUGCAGAGGGGGACUGCUGUACGGUGCUGUCCAUGUCCUUGUUGGACAGCUGGGCUUUGGCCAUGGUUGAAGCCUCUGUAACACCAACUGACAUGGAAAGGGUAGGGUUAGGGUGUUGGGGGGUCAGUGUCUGCACUUCCCCACUGUGAACUGCAGCCCUUGGCUGGAGUUCUUGUGGCCAAAACACAACAGGAUUUUAUUCUGCUAUGACAAAUGGCAAAAAUGUCCUGCUGGCUUCUCAGGAUCCUGGAGCUGAGUGCUGUCUUGUGGGCCUUACCCUGGAGAGGAGCAAUGCUUUGAAGUUACUUCUCUGAGCACAAAGGGGAGAAAGUGCUUCCUUUUCCUGGCAACAGAAGUCCUCAUGUGGCAUGAAGAAAGGGAAGGGAUGUGAGGGUCUGAAUUGGAGAAAACGGAGCCCUCUGUCAGGACAGCAGUUUCAGAGCCUCCUGUUAGUUUCUCCAGUGAGAGAAACGAACUUGUACAUAUUUUAAGAGGCAACUGGAAGACUAAACUUUGUGUGGACUGGUUGGUUUGUGUUUGUGAUUUUUCAUAUUGGGUUUUGCUCUACUUUUUUAAUAAAGAGCUUUUGCAUUUUGCCGUAA